GAGAUUGACCCCGUCGAGCUCCGCAAGAUUAAGAAAGUUCAGAGUUUCUUUCGGGGCUGGUUGUGCCGGCGUCGUUGGAAACAAAUCGUGGACCAGUACAUCAAGAGCCCGCACGCCGAGAGCAUGAGAAAGAGGAACAGCUUAGUAUUCAAAAUGGUCGAAGCUGAGGAGGAAUAUCUCGAGCAGAUGGAGAUUUUGGUGACCUGCUUCCUCCGGCCAUUCAAGAUGGCGGCCAGCUCUAAGAAACCACCUUGCACGCAUGAGGAUGUCAACUCGAUAUUCCUGAACAGCGAAACUGUGCUGUUCCUCCAUCAGAUAUUCUUUAAAGGAUUAACAUCCAGAAUGGAAUCCUGGCCCACUCUAGUGCUAGGAGAUCUAUUCGACAUGCUGCUGCCGAUGCUGACCAUCUACCAGGAGUACGUGCGCAACCACCACUACUCGCUGCAAGUCCUCACCGAGUGCAAGCAAAGCCAGCCUUUUGCACAACUACUGGCGCGCCUCGAGAGCAAACCCGCCUGCCAGAGCCGGUCACUGGAGACCUUUCUCACUUACCCCAUGCAUCAGAUUCCGCGCUACAUCAUCACGUUGCACGAACUGCUGGCACAUACGCCGCACGACCACGUCGAACGUCGCAGCUUGCAACACGCACGCGCUCAGCUGGAGGAACUCUCGCGUCAGAUGCACGAUGAGGUCAGCGAGACAGAAAAUUUGCGGAAGAAUCUUGCGGUAGAGCGCAUGAUCAUCGAAGGCUGUGAUAUCCUGCUUGACGUCAAUCAGGUCUUCAUACGGCAAGGCACAUUAUCCCAAGUGGUCGGCAAAGGCCGUCGAGCAUCUCUGCAAGCUCGACAAGCGUUCUUAUUCAGCAAUCAUCUCCUGCUGACUACCCGAGCCACGGGUGGUCGACUGCACCUGCCGCCCAAUGGACGUCUACCACUACAUGAUGCGCUCCUAGUCGAAGACCCUUCUAGCCACGAUGAUGAUGAUUCGACGUCAGUUUGUUCGUCUCCCGGUGGUGAUCCUUACCAGGGCAAAGACUUUAAGAUACUGGUCGAGGUUAAGGGCGAGCAGAUCUGCGCUCAUUUAGUGGCGGCGACUCUGGAGGAGAAGGCGGCGUGGACAAGUGAGGUGGCGCAGUGCAUGGAGACAAAGUUAUUUUUGUUAAAGAGCUAUCGUCGCGACACCAACCAGCCCAAAGCUGGUGUAGUCAUCACGUCGUUCCGGCAAUCUCACAGGAGGAGCAGUACAUCAACAGCGGCUGUUGCAUUUGCUGUGGCCACCUCAGCGUCAUCGAACCCGCGGUCACCACCGCCCACCUCGCCGCCUCACAACAGACGCGACUCUGUUAUAUCAACUGCUGCUACUAUGAGAGUCCUCAAUGUGUUGAGGCAUUGGAUUUCUAAACACUCCUCGGACUUCUGGUCGGACGAACGUCUGCGUGGACUUACUAUGGACUUCCUGAAGGAGAUCGAGGCGAGCCCUGGGUUAUUGCCCGCGGAGCACAAGGCGGCCGCACAACUGCUGCGCUUGCUGGAGCGCGCGCCGGACAGGGCUAUUGAUUUGAAAGCUAUAUUCGCACCGCCACCGAUUCCAACGAAGGAAAGCAUCGAAACCUUGUCAGCGUUGGAGAUCGCAGAGCAAAUGACGUAUCUGGAUUAUCAGAUCUUCAGUUCCAUCCAUAGCGAGGAGUUCUUAGGUCAAGCUUGGACGAAGGCGGACAAGGCGGAGCGCGCUCCUCAUAUCCUGAUGAUGACGGGACAUUUCAACCACCUCUCUAACCUGGUCAUCUCUGAGAUAUUGAAGAAAUAUACUUUAACUGGGCGCGUGGCUGCGAUCGAGAAGUGGGCGGCAGUGGCUGACAUCGCGCGUUGUCUUCACAACUUUAACGGCGUACUGCAGAUCUGUGCAGCGCUCUCCAACACAUCCAUAUUCCGCCUCAAGAAGACCUGGGAAAAAGUCUCCAAGACGAGCAAACAAACAAUUGAAAAAAUGCAAACUAUAAUAUCAUCAGAAUGCAGAUUCAGGAUUCUAAGGGACGCUCUGCACAGAUGCGACCCGCCCUGCAUUCCUUAUUUGGGCAUGUACCUGUCUGACCUAUCGUUCAUAGAAGAGGGCACUUCUAACUACACUCCUGAUGGUCUUCUUAAUUUCUCAAAAAUGAGAAUGAUAGCCCAUGUGAUUCGAGAAAUAAGAAACUUCCAACAGACUCCUUACAAGAUCGACCACAUUCCUAAGGUUUGCGACUUCUUACUGGACCGCUCUCUUAUCAUCCCGGAGGAGCGUCAGUACACACUUUCCCUGGAACUUGAACCGCGAGCGGCGCGUGGCUCCGCGGGCGGGCUGGCCGGCGCGCCCACCGAGACUGCCUCGCCCGCCGCACAGCGCCGCCGCCGCGCCUCCCUCGCCGCACUAGCGCCGCUGCGCCCAGAGCGGUAA